AUGGAAGCUGCAGUUUUGUGUGCAUUCGUGGAAAAACUUUUUGGAAGUUUGAAAUCGCUAGUUGUCCAGGAGUAUGGAUUAACCACGAGUGUGAAGAAGGAACUGGAAAAGUUGGAAAGCACUGUGUCGACGAUUGAAGCUGUUCUCGAAGAUGUAGAGGAGAAGCAAUUGAAUAGUAAGGCAAUAGGAGAUUUUCUUUGGAAGCUUAAAGACGCUCUUGAUGAUGCAGAUGAUGUAUUAGACGAGUUUUCAACAAAAGUUCUGCGUCGUAGAGAAGAGAGAAGAGUAUUAAACAAGGUACGCAAAUUCCUUUCAUCUUCAAAACAAAUAAUUUUCCGCCAUCACAUAGGCCACGAGAUUAAAAAUGUUAUGGAGAGAUUCGUUGGGAUUGCCGCUGAAAAGUCCAAAUUUCAUCUGACGGAGGGUAUCAUUAGCAAGAAUUAUGAGAGUGAAGAAAGACAGAGAGAGACCACUUCUAUUGUACUUGAAUCGGAAGUGUAUGGAAGAGAUGAUGAUAAGGAAAAGGUUGUGGAAUUGUUGGUGGACAAGUUUAAUGAAAAUGGAAUUUCAGUCAUUCCCAUUGUUGGGAUUGAAGGCCUAGGCAAGACAACUCUUGCUCAAUUGGUUUACAAUGAUGGAAGGGUGAAGAGUCUUUUUGAGCUCAGAAUGUGGAUUUAUGUGUCUGAUGAUUUUAACGUGGAAAAGCUUACAAAACAAAUUAUUGAAUCUGCGACAAAACGCAAAUGUGAUGUCCCGAAUAAGGACCUUCUGCAGCGUCGCCUACAAGAGGAAUUAAAUGGGAGGCGGUAUUUACUCAUUCUAGAUGAUGUCAACAAUGAGGAUUCUGAAAAGUGGGAGGAGUUGAAGAAAGUGUUGAUGAGUGGAGCAAGAGGGAGCACAAUUAUAGUAACUAGUCCUAGUACCAAAGUGGCACGCAUUAUGGGUACAGUGGAUCCAUACCAUUUGAGUUUUUUAUCAAAUGAUGAUUGCUGGGAAUUGUUUAGAAGAAGAGCAUUUGGAGUUGAAGAGGUUCCAUGUAACUUGGUGGCCAUUGGAAAGGAGAUUGUGAGGAAGUGUCGUGGGUUACCAUUAGCAGCAAAAGCUUUGGGAGGAUUAAUGAGGUCCAAGAGAGAAGAACGGGAAUGGUUAUACGUAAGAGACCAUGGGGAUUUACUUGAAGAUGCAACUGGAAUUUUACCUGCCUUAAAGUUGAGUUAUGAUCAUCUUGCACCACAUCUGAAGCAAUGUUUUGCGUAUUGUGCAUUAUUCCCUCAAGAUUAUCGGAUUAACAAGCAGACUCUGAUUCAAUUAUGGAUAGCAGAAGGCUUUAUUCAGUCAUCAAUAACAGGUAAGGAGGUAGAGGAUAUUGGUAAUGAGUAUUUCAGUGAGUUGGUGCAGAGGUCGUUCUUUCAAUAUGCUUGGGAAGACGAGUAUGGAAACUUUGAAUGGUGCAAGAUGCAUGACCUUGUGCAUGAUCUUGCUCGAUUUGUUGGAAGGACUGAAUGGCGCAUGAUUAGCAUAACUGAUAAUGGCCCCUCCUCCACAGGGAAAGGGAAAAGAAGGGUGCGGCAUUUAUCACUAGAUUAUGGUAAGUCAUGGCUGCAAGGAGUGCAACGAAUUAAUUGUAAUCCUUUCUUCCAUAAUGAAGAGUUGAAGGCUGCAAGAACAUUGCUAGUGUUGAAUAAUCGUCAUGGAUAUGUUUUGCAAAAUUUGUCCUCCACCUUGAGUUAUUUUAAGAGAUUAAGAGUACUUAGUUUAGGAGGUAUGGAAAUAGAAAAGCUGCCUACUUCCAUUGAUAAGCUUGAACACCUACGGUAUCUUGACAUCUCUGAAACAAGAAUUACUAAACUUCCAUCAUCCCUUGCUUCCCUCCUGAAUCUACAAACAUUGAAGAUCUCAAAUAUUAACCAAGUAGUAAAGCUGCCAAAAGGCUUGACCAAGCUGAUAAACCUCAGACAUCUUGAAUUCAAUAAAUUCUCGAAGGAGGUUCAAAUCCCUAGAAGGAUAGGGCGAUUAACUGGAUUACAGGCAUUAUCAAGAUUUAUUGUGGGCGAGGAGAGUGGGCGUAGCCUAACAGAGUUACAGGGCCUAAAUAAUCUCAGAGGCGAGAUUAUAAUUAAAAACCUGGAGAAUGUAAGGAAUGCAGGUGAAGCUGAGGGAGCCAAUUUGAAGAGCAAGCCAAAUCUAUGCUCGUUGUGGUUAUUUUGGUCGUUGAAGAAUGAUGACAGGGACAGCAGAAGUAGUAGGGGUGGUGGUAAUUUGGGGGAGGAAGUAUUUGAAUGUAUAUGUAUGCAGCCACACCCAAAUUUGAGAAGAUUAAAGGUGUACGGAUACCCAGGGAGACAAACUCCAGGUUGGAUGACGAAAGGGAAUUUAUCCAUGCCCAACCUUGUUGAAAUACAACUAUGGAAAUGCAGGAAAUUGGAAUAUGUCACUGCCCUGGGGCAUUUGCCCUGCCUGAAGACACUUGGAUUAUAUCAUAUGGAUUCCAUUAGAUACAUGAUGGAUGGCAGUAUUAAUACUAAUCAUAAGGGCAUUGGCAUUGCCGGAGGUGUACCUGAUGAAGUAGUGAUAUUUCCUUCAUUGACGGUCCUUGAGAUAUGGAAUAUGCCCCGUAUGGAAGGAUGGUUGUCGGGAAAAGAAGAGGAGGAGGAGGGAACAACACCAUUACUAUUGCUAGAGGAUUUUGUUGUUGUUGUACAAUUCCCUCGCCUUGAGAGACUGAGUAUCCACUCCUGCCCCAGAUUGACAAGCAUGCCACGGCUUUCCACCUCAUCUUUGAAAUCCCUUACUCUCCAUCGUAGCAAUGACAUGAUAUUAACAUCUCUCCACAAAUUGAGUACUACUGUUUCUGAUUGCUUGACGUCGUUUGGGAGUUCACUACAACAUCUCACAGCCUUACACACCUUGUGCAUCGAAUCUGCAUAUGAGAUUGUUUGUUUGCCAGAAAGCAUCCAGCACCUCACCAAGCUUGACACUCUGCAAAUUUCUAAUUGCUCCAAACUAGAGUGUUUGCCAGAGUGGAUCCAUAAUUUGCCAUCGCUUCGGCAGCUCAAGCUUUCAUAUAAUCCAAAUCUGAGGAAUCUUCCGGCAGCAUUACAACGCCUCCAUUCACUUCAAACAUUACAAAUCCGCAAAUGUCCCCAAUUGGAAAGACGAUGCAGCAAGGACCGAGGUGAGGAUUGGCAUAAGAUCGCUCAUAUCCCACAUAUUCAGAUCAUUCAAUAUUGA